AUGGACCAGAGCGUGAUCGUGCCGUCGGUGCCGCGCGACAUCGGGGACGGCUUGAGGUUGAAGAACGAGCCCGACAUGCAGGAACCGCGAGCGGUGCUGCCGGCGAGCCUGCCGCAGGAGCAGAGCCUGGAGCCGCUGAUGUGCAACCCCGCGAGCAGCGAGCUGCCGCGUAAACCCGGCGGACGACGGCAAGAGAAGCCGCCGUACUCGUACAUCGCGCUGAUCGUGAUGGCCAUCCAGUCGAGCCCGGGCAAGCGGCUCACCCUGUCCGAGAUCUACUCGUUUCUGCAGCAACGCUUCCCGUUCUUCCGCGGCGCUUACCAGGGCUGGAAGAACUCGGUGCGACACAAUCUCAGCCUGAACGAGUGCUUCAUCAAGCUGCCCAAGGGCUUGGGGAGGCCCGGCAAGGGCCAUUACUGGACCAUCGACCCGUCCACGGAGUACAUGUUCGAGGAGGGCAGCUUCCGGCGACGACCGCGUGGCUUCCGGCGCAAAUGCCAGGCGCUGAAGCCGCAGUACCCGCAGUACUACACCAGCCCGGCCGGUCCCGUGCAGACAUCCGGCUACGAGAACCUAACCGGCGGCGGCAUCGAGUACACCAACGGUUACCAGAACCACCAGUACCAAAACUAUCAAGAAUACGCGAUGUACGCGCCGAGCGCGGCGGCUGCGGCGGUCUCCGCCGCCGAUUGGGCGUAUCCGGACGGCGCGGCGUACAAGUCUCCGCCGAUCGCCGAGGUCACCUACAAGACCACCGAGGUCACGUACAAGACCAGCGAGCCGACCGCGUCGGUGUACCGGAAUGGGGAGCUGGUCGCGUUCAAGAGCGAGCCAGGAUCGUUCGGCAGCAGGAGUCAGGAUCACCAGUUGACGUACAGACCCACGGAUGCUUUCUCUUCCUCCGUGAAGGAUCAGCCGCAGCAACAACAUCAUCACGUCGACUACAAAGACGAGAGCAUGAUGAACUACAAGUGCGCCAACUCGACGCCCACUACUCAAGCACCCGGACAGGAUUAUUACGUCGGCUACGGCCUCGCAGGAGUCAAUAACAACAGCGUCAACAUCGCCAUGCAAUCCAUGCAGGAGCAGCAAGCAGCCGCCGGCAGUCCAGUGGCGAACGUCAGCUCGCCGCACAGCGCCGGCUGUCAGACACCUGUCGCCGAUCACGGAAUAAAAAUGCAAUGCGCCAAUUCUAGCUCCAGCUCGAGCAGUUCCGGCGGCGGGAUCGUGGAUCGGAAGCCAUCCUACUUCGCGGCGCAUCCCGGAGGAUCGGUGACCUUGAGCUCCUUGAGCUCGCUGGGUUCGUUAAAUCUGAGUAACAUCGGCGGCCUGAGUAUAUCCAAUAUACCUGGCGCGGUGUCCACGAAUAUUCAUCACGCGUCAACGCCGCCGCCGACAACUAUGUAUUACGAUCAGAUCAAGUACAACAUGUGA